CAAUGCUCAUUCACUGAUUCACAUUCUGAUCACACCAACCCUCUCCUUAGCUUUCAUUUUUCUCAUUGGCUUUUCUCCCCUGCAGCUUCAUGGAUUCCCAGCACAAGUUCCUCCUUGCAGCUUUUCUCAUUCUUGCUUCAGCCAUUGGUGGAGCUCAAGCAUAUGCCAUGGUUAGUGGCACUGUGUUCUGCGACCAGUGCAAGGAUGGUCAGAUAUCCCUCUUUGAUUAUCCCCUCAAUGGAGCAAAAGUCAUGGUGGCUUGUGCAGACAGCAAUGGGCAAGUCACAAUGUGGAGAGAAGAGACCACAAAUUGGUUUGGAUGCUACUCCAUGAAGUUUGAUGGUACCCCAGACUUGAGCAGCUGCUAUGCCCAGGUUUCAGGCAGCGGCCAAGGAUCGAAAGGCUGCGGUGCAGCUCCUGGUCCUGCCCAAAAUCUCAGACUAACAUUUAGUAUGUUUGAUAUGGAGAUUUACACGGUGGAUUCUUUGCUUUCUCAGCCUGCUCAGCCCAUGUCCUUCUGUCCAGGGUCAAGUAGCCCUGCGCCAGGACCAGUGACCCCUACGAGGCCUCCAACCCCUUAUGUACCUGCACCAGUGACGACUCCGCCGUCCACGAAUCCUCCAGUCUUUAGGUUACCACCAAUGCCUCAUCUGCCACCGUUGCCUCGAUUGCCUCCAAUGCCACCCGUACCCUUCUUGGAAGCUUCAGCUUGUCCAUUCGAUAAAUGGACAAUGACCCAGUACAAAUGUUACUGGAAGGUGUUGAGCCCUGGCAGCAAAGUAGCUCUAGUUUUCGGACCUGUCGUGGCAAGGAGAUACGGGACGGACAUUACCCUCUGGAAGGGCCUGCAAGGGAAGGGAGACCCUUAUAGGACUCUCCUCAGGGAAGGGACAACAGCACUUCUCAACUCCUACAACAGUCUUCAAUUCCCAUACCACACACUUGGAGUGGUCCAACACAUGAACUGGGCCUUGAUGGGAUCUCCUAAGGAUGUACUCCUUACAGCUCUGAGGUUUAAGAGGGCUAAUUCUGGAUCCAGCAACGUUACCUGCAAAUUCACCCCUUGCAAGUGAUCUUGCUCCAUUAAAAUCCAUAUAGGGUGCAAUUAUAUAAUUCUAUACUUCAAUCUAACAUAGAAUGUACUUGGUUUCUAUUGCUAUAUGCCAUCAUUAGUAUCUGCUUUUCCAUAUUAUUAUUGGUGAAUGGUAAUUGGGUCUUCAAGGAUUUUUCUAUUUAUGUAAAUUGGAAGGGUAAUGGUUUUGCAAGUUUUGAACUU